AGAAUGAAGACUUGAAUACAUGAGCUCAUUCACACAGCUCACACCGCACGAGCAGCAGCGCACGAGCAGCAGCACACGAGCUCGCGGAAACGCGCCACAAGUGCCGUUUUGGGAUAUAUUCUUUAUACCUGCGUGAUUAUUUCCUUUUCCCGAAGAGACCCAAUGUUGGAUAUAUGUUAAGCGUGCGUGGGAUCCCACAACCAUCCAUAAGAAGGAAUGCAUCUUUUCCUUGUGAAACUAAUUCUUCUGAUAUCACUCGUUACUUUGACGCAAGGCCUCGAAUGUUCUGAAAAAUGUCUAAAUGGUGGUACGUGUGAACCGACUCCAGACGGGAGAGGAGAAUGCAGAUGUCUGGAGCUGUUUGCCGGGCCAGCAUGCCAAUUCCGCAACCCCUGCUUCCACUCGCCAUGCAGAAACAGCGCCACGUGCCGUGUUAUUACUCAGGUCAACAAGGUAGACUUUGUCUGCAACUGUCGCUUGGGCUACUCGGACCGAUUGUGCCUCACCCCCACCGAUAACGUGUGCCUUAGCUCCCCGUGUCGAAACGGGGGCACCUGCGAACUCACCAGCAUCCACAGCUACAAAUGUAAAUGCCCACCGGGCUGGUCAGGUAAAAACUGCCUGCAAGCCGAUCCUUGUGCCUCAAAUCCAUGUGCCAACGGUGGUCAGUGCAGUCCCUUCGAUUCCGACUACAUCUGCCACUGCACGCCCUUCUUCUCAGGCCAAACCUGCAGGCAAGAUGUCAACGAGUGCGCCCAGAUUCCAUCACCCUGCAAGAACGGCGGCGUGUGUGAUAACGAGGUGGGCACGUAUCGCUGCAGCUGCCCGGCGGAGUACACGGGGAAACUUUGCGAGACCCUCUAUCAGCCCUGCAACCCCUCUCCGUGCCUUCACGGAGGAACUUGCGUACAGAAGGGGGAGACCAGCUAUGAGUGCUCCUGUUUGCCAGGCUUUAGCGUUCAGAACUGUGAGGAGAAUAUAGACGACUGCCCGGACCAUCGGUGUCUAAACGGAGGAACUUGUGUGGAUGGAGUGAACACGUACAACUGCCAGUGCAAGCCGGAGUGGACAGGUCAGUUCUGUACUGAAGACGUCAACGAGUGCGAUUUGAUGCCCAAUUCCUGUCAGAACGGUGGGACGUGCUUGAACACGCAGGGUGGAUACAACUGCGUGUGUGUGAACGGCUGGACUGGAGACGACUGCAGUGAGAACAUAGAUGACUGCGCAGACGCAGCUUGCCACGCAGGAGCUACCUGUCACGAUCGGGUGGCCUCUUUCCUCUGUGAAUGCCCCCCUGGACGCACAGGUCUCCUGUGUCACUUGAAUGAUGCUUGUAUUAGUAAUCCCUGUCAGAAAGGCUCCAACUGUGAUACCAAUCCAGUCAAUGGCAAAGCCAUCUGUACCUGUCCUCUGGGUUAUGUCGGCCCAGCCUGUGACCAAGACGUUGACGAAUGCUCGCUAGGUGCAAACCCUUGUGAGCACGCCGGAAAGUGCAUCAACACAAAAGGUUCCUUUCAGUGUAAAUGUCAGCAGGGAUUUGUGGGAGGUCGAUGUGAACUCGAUGUAAACGAAUGCUUGUCAAACCCCUGCCAGAACGAUGCUACGUGUUUGGAUCGAAUUGGAGGCUUUCAUUGCAUCUGCAUGCCAGGGUACAAGGGAUUCUUCUGCCAGAUCAAUACCGAUGAGUGCGCCAGCAUGCCCUGUCUCAACAAUGGGAAGUGCAUCGAUAAGAUCAACAACUACCAAUGCGAGUGCCCCACAGGAUUCUCUGGUAGCCAGUGCCAGUUUGACAUCGACGAGUGUGCAAGCACCCCCUGUAAAAAUGGCGCCAAAUGUAUUGAUGGGCCCAAUAUGUACACCUGCCAGUGCACAGAAGGUUACACAGGACAGCACUGUGAAACCGACGUAGACGAGUGUCUCUCCAACCCGUGUCAUUACGGCACCUGUAAAGACGGCCUGGCAUCCUUCACCUGUUUCUGCCGCGCGGGUUACACGGGCCGCCUGUGUGAGACCAACAUAAAUGAAUGUCUCAGUCAGCCAUGCCAGAACGGAGGCACAUGCCAGGACCGGGAGAACGCUUACCUCUGUGUCUGCCCCAAAGGAACUGCAGGUGUUAACUGUGAGGUUAAUAUAGACGACUGCAAAAGCAAUCCCUGUGAUUAUGGACGGUGCAUUGACAAGAUAAAUGGUUACGAGUGCACCUGUGAACCAGGAUACACAGGGAAAAUGUGUAAUAUCAACAUUGACGAUUGUGCCAUCAAUCCCUGUCACAAUGGCGGAACAUGCGUGGAUGGAGUCAACGGGUUUACGUGCUUGUGCCGCGAGGGCUAUCAUGACACCACCUGUCAAUCACAGCUCAACGAAUGCCUCAGCAACCCUUGUAUCCACGGACACUGUGAGGAUAAAAUCAAUGGAUACAACUGUAUUUGUGACUCGGGCUGGAGCGGCAUCAACUGCGACAUCAACAAUAAUGAAUGUGAAUCGAAUCCCUGUAUGAACGGAGGCACCUGCAAGGAUAUGACCAGCGGUUACGUCUGCACGUGCCGCGCUGGCUUCAGCGGUCCGAAUUGUCAAACUAACAUCAACGAAUGUGCCUCCAACCCCUGCCUGAACCAGGGAACCUGCAUCGAUGACAUAGCCGGAUACAAAUGCAACUGUUUUCUACCUUACACUGGUGAGAACUGCGAGACCCUGUUGGCUCCGUGCAGCCCCAAGCCAUGUAAAAAUGGAGGCGUAUGCAAAGAAUCCGAGGAUUAUGAGAGCUUCUCCUGCGUGUGUCCUGAAGGAUGGCAAGGCCAGACAUGUGAGGUCGACAUCAACGAAUGCGUCAAAAACCCUUGUCGAAACGACGCCACCUGUCAAAACUCAAUAGGCAGCUACAAAUGCAGCUGUAAGUCCGGCUACGCCGGCCGCAACUGCGAGACGGAUAUCGAUGACUGCAAACCUAAUCCCUGCAGUAAUGGAGGAUUUUGCAAAGACGGGGUGGACGCGUUCACUUGCACCUGCCUCCCCGGUUUCCGGGGCAACAGAUGCGAGGAAGACAUCAACGAAUGUGAGAGCAACCCGUGUAAAAAUGGUGCAAAUUGCACGGAUUGUGUGAACAGUUACACGUGUACCUGUCCACCUGGAUUUAGUGGGAUACACUGUGAGAAUAACACGCCGGACUGUACGGAGAGCUCUUGUUUUAAUGGAGGCACCUGCGUGGAUGGCAUUAACAGCUUCACCUGUCUGUGCCCGACGGGCUUCACCGGCAACUACUGCCAGCAUGACAUCAACGAGUGCGACUCCAGACCCUGUAUGAACGGAGGCACCUGUCAGGACAGCUAUGGCACGUACAAGUGCACCUGCCCUCAGGGAUACCACGGGCACAACUGCCAGGAGCUGGUGAACUGGUGUAAACCAUCUCCCUGUAAGAAUGGAGGUUUCUGUCGACAAAGUGGUACAAAAUACAGCUGCCAGUGUCAGACGGGCUGGACCGGUCUCUACUGCGAUGUCCCCAGCGUCUCUUGUGAAGUGGCUGCCAAACAGCAAGGAGUGGAGGUGGCUGGACUGUGCCGUAACUCCGGCCAGUGUUUGGACGCCGGAAACACACACUAUUGUCACUGUCAGGCUGGAUACACAGGCAGCUAUUGUGAGGAGCAGGUGAACGAAUGCAUUCCCAAUCCAUGCCAGAACGGAGCCACCUGCACGGAUUACCUUGGCGACUAUUCCUGCGAAUGCGUGCCAGGUUAUCAUGGAGUGAACUGUUCCAUGGAGAUCAAUGAAUGCCUCUCUCAGCCCUGCCAGAACGGAGGCACAUGCAUCGACCUGAUCAAUACCUACAAAUGCUCCUGUCCGCGGGGAACACAAGGUGUUCACUGUGAGAUCAACAUUGACGACUGCACGCCCUUCACCGACCCCAUCACCCAAGAGCCCAAGUGUUUUAACCAUGGCCGCUGCGUGGACCGAGUGGGCGGAUACCACUGCAUCUGCCUGCCAGGAUAUGUCGGGGAACGUUGCGAGGGCGACGUCAACGAGUGUUUGUCCAACCCUUGUGACCCCCGGGGCACACAUAGCUGCACACAGCUCACGAAUAACUACCGCUGCGAGUGUCGCACUGGCUACACGGGUCAGCGCUGUGAGAAAGUAUUUGAUGGGUGUAAGGGAAAGCCUUGUAGGAACGGAGGUACAUGUGCUGUGGCCAGUAAUACUCCUCAUGGCUUCAUCUGUAAAUGUCCACCGGGUUUUACCGGCUCAACCUGUGAGUACGACGCCCACACCUGUGGCAGCCUCCACUGCAAAAAUGGCGGUACCUGUGUCUCCGGUCAAAAGAGCCCUAAAUGCUUGUGUGCCCCUGCCUUCAAUGGUCCCGAGUGCCAGGAUCCCGCAGAAGGACACUGUACGAACAACCCCUGCUACAACGGAGGCACCUGCGAGUACAUCUCAGAAGCUCAGUACCACCACUGCAUCUGCCCCACCGGCUUCAAUGGCCUCUUCUGCCACAUCCUGGACUACAGCUUCCCAGGUGGCACAGGCCGAGACAUCACGCCCGCUCCUGAGGUGACGGUCAGCUGCGAGGUACCAGAGUGCUUUAAGAAGAAGGCCAAUAAGAUUUGCGACAGCACCUGUAAUAACUACGCCUGCGAUUGGGACGGAGGGGACUGCUCGCUGAACUUCGUCGACCCGUGGCAGAACUGCUCGGCCGCGCUGCAGUGCUGGCUUUAUUUCAACAACGGGAAGUGUGAUGAACAGUGUCACAACGCUGGAUGUUUGUAUGACGGGUUUGACUGCCAGAGACUGGAAGGCCAGUGCAAUCCACUGUACGACCAAUACUGCAAAGAUCACUAUGCAGACGGCCACUGCGACCAGGGCUGCAACAAUGCCGAGUGCGAGUGGGACGGGCUGGACUGCGACGGUAACGUCCCCGAAAAGUUAGCCGCCGGAGUCCUAGUUCUCGUCGUCCACAUUAUGCCCGACCAGCUCCGGAACAACUCCUUCGGGUUUCUGCGGGAGCUCAGUCGGGUUCUCCACACCAACGUGGUUUUCCGGAACGACGGCAAGGGAAAGCUCAUGAUCUACCCGUAUUACGGUAAUGAGCAGGAGCUGAGGAAGCACAACAUCAAACGCUCUCUGGACAGCUGGGCAGACGCUUCCGGUAAUGUCCUGAACUCGGUGAAGAACGGCAUCUACAAUAUAGUGGUGGAAGGAGGAAGAAAACGCAGAGAGCUGGACAGCAUGCAGAUCAAAGGCUCUGUGGUGUACCUGGAGAUAGACAACCGUCAAUGCUACCAGCAGACCUCCGAGUGCUUCCAGAACACCAACGACGUGGCGGCCUUCCUCGGAGCUUUGGCUUCCAGCGGGAAUCUGAAUGUGCCCUACUACAUCGAGGCGGUCACAAGCAGGAUCGAGGAGCCGCCCUUAGAGCUGUACCCGGUGUAUGUGGUUCUGGCGGGACUGGCGCUGUUGGCCUUUGUCGCAGUGGGAAUGGUCGCCUCUCGAAAACGUCGCCGUGAACACGGCCAACUUUGGUUUCCAGAGGGUUUCAAGACCAGCGAGCCGAGCAAAAAGAAGAGGAGAGAGCCGGUCGGCGAAGACUCCGUCGGUUUGAGGCCACUGAAGAACUCCGACAUUUCUUUAAUGGAUGACAACCUGAAUGAAUGGGGCGAGGAGGAAACGAUGGACACCAAACACUUCAAGUCUGAGGUGCAGGCGAUGCUGGAUUUAGUUGAUCAGACGGACCACCGGCAAUGGACGCAGCAGCAUCUGGACGCAGCUGACCUGCGCAUUCCCUCUAUUGCGCCCACACCUCCUCAGGGCGAGAUAGAGAACGACUGCAUGGACGUCAAUGUCCGGGGACCAGAUGGCUUUACCCCUCUCAUGAUCGCCUCCUGCAGCGGGGGAGGACUUGAAACAGGAAACAGCGAGGAAGAAGAAGACACCACCAACGUCAUCAAUGACUUCAUCUACCAAGGCGCCAACCUUCACAACCAGACGGACCGUACGGGUGAGACCGCCCUGCACCUGGCUGCCCGCUACGCCCGCUCUGAUGCUGCCAAAAGACUUCUGGAGGCCAGCGCAGACGCCAACAUCCAAGACAACAUGGGAAGAACUCCUCUACACGCUGCAGUGGCUGCAGAUGCGCAGGGAGUUUUCCAGAUUUUGAUUCGUAACCGUGCCACAGACCUAGACGCCCGCAUGCACGAUGGCACCACUCCUCUGAUACUGGCAGCGAGACUGGCGGUCGAGGGCAUGGUGGAGGAACUCAUUAACUGCCACGCUGAUGUCAACGCUGUCGAUGAUUUCGGCAAGUCUGCUCUUCAUUGGGCAGCUGCUGUAAAUAAUGUGGAUGCUGCUGUGGUGUUGCUAAAGAACGGUGCAAAUAAAGACAUGCAGAACAAUAAGGAGGAGACCCCUCUGUUUUUGGCAGCGAGGGAGGGAAGCUACGAGACCGCCAAAGUUCUCCUCGAGCAUUUUGCCAAUCGAGAGAUCACCGACCACAUGGACCGUCUCCCACGAGACAUCGCUCAAGAACGAAUGCACCACGACAUCGUGCGGCUCGUCGACGAGUACAACCUGGUCCGCAGCCCCCCCAUGCACAGCGCUUCCAUCUGCACCACCCUUUCUCCACCGCUCUGCUCUCCCAACGCCUUCAUGGGAGGCAUGAAACCCUCCACCCAGAGCAAAAAACCCAGGAAGCCCAGCGCGAAAGGCAUCGGGUGCAAGGACGGCAAGGAUAUGAAAGUCAAGAAGAAGAAGAAUCCGCAAGACGGGAAGGGAAACUUGUUAGACAGCUCGGCCGUGCUCUCACCGGUGGACUCCCUGGAGUCGCCCCACGGGUACAUUUCAGACGUCGCCUCGCCGCCCCUGAUGACAUCACCAUUCCAACAAUCACCCUCUAUGACACUUAAUCAAUUGCAGGGAAUCUCAGACACCCACAUGGGCGUCAAUCACCUGGGUAUGACCAACAAGCAAGACCUGACGCACAUGCAGUUUGACCCGAUACUCCCUCGCCUCACCCAUCUGCCGGUGGCCGGCUCUAACGGAUCGUCUGGAAUGAACGGCCAGUGCGAAUGGCUCGGUCGGAUACACAGCGGCAUGGGUCAGCCGAAUCAAUUCGGAGUCAUGAGGAACACCUCAGGCCACCAAUCCAACCAGCACGGUCUCAUGACGUCUCUCCACAACGGCCACCCCGCUGCCACCCUAUCUCAGAUGAUGAACUACCAAGGCAUGCAGAACACGCACCUGACCGUGCAGCCGCGUUUAAUGCAGCAGAUGCAGCAGAACAUGCAACAGAGACAGCAGCAGCCGGGCAUCCAGCUCCAGAGCUCCAACCCCAGCGGCGUGAGCCAGAAUUUCAUCAGCGGUGAUCUGGGUGGACCGGAGCUCCAGCAGGGCACCGGGAACAGCAUGCCCCUCCAUACGAUAAUCCCCCAGGAGACCCAAUUGUUAAACCCGUCCUCUCUGGGUCCCAGCAUGGCCGGCACGCAGUUCCUAACACCGCCCUCCCAGCACAGUUACUCGGCCACUAUGGAUGGCAACACACCCAACCACCAACUCCAAGUGCCCGAGCACCCUUUCCUCACACCCUCGCCGGGUUCGCCCGACCAGUGGUCCAGCUCCUCGCCCCAUUCCAAUAUGUCGGACUGGUCCGAAGGCAUUUCCAGCCCUCCCACCAGCAUGCAGUCGCAAAUGGGACACAUACCAGAGCAGUUCAAAUAAAUCUGUUUUUUUUUUAAAGCCGUGCACUCUUUCAAACCAGAAUUACUAACCAUGUUUUUUUUAUUUAUUGACGUUUUCUUAUUUAUGUUUUCACCUGUUUUUUGGGGGCAAAAUAUCUUGAUAAUAAUAAUGAAGUUUUAAAAUGUCAUGCAAUAUAUAUAAUUUCAUAUUGCUACACACUGGGUAUUUAUUGGUCUUAAAAUUUGCCUCUUUUAUUUCAGUUAAUGAUUGGCUGUCAUUUUUUUGAUUUGUUAUACCUGAUUUUGUAUAAAUUUGUAAAAAUGUAUGGGCAUUUUAGAAAGCAUGUUUGUUUUUUUCAACAAACUUCAGUGUUAACUAGAUUUGUGUUGUCUGAAACAAGCUGCUUUGCCGUUAUUAGAAGACGAAUGACUGAUGAAAAGUUCUUGUUAUUUUGUUCUGGUUAUGUUCUCAUUUCUUUUUGUUACAAAGUUUAUACUACAAAUGAAGUAGUGGUGUUGUUACCGUUGAACAUUUGUAUAGUUCCGAAUGAUUUUGUUCUUUCUUUACCACAUAUUAAAUACCUGCAAAAGCAGAUUUCUAAACGUUCGCUGUGAGUGUGGAUGUGAGUGAGGAUCUGAGGGAAAACUUGAUGUCGACUUGUAUGAAACAGGCGCAGCGUCAAGUGCUCUGUAUUUUUCCGCCAGUUUUGUGGAAUUGGUCACGUGGCCAAAAGUGUCUGGGGUUUUAUGGAGGUGUUUCAAAUUGAACUUCUCUUUAUACUGUACUUCCAGUUUUGUAACUUUGUUUGAGCCUGUGGCUACUGUAAAUAGAUACACUGUUUGCGUUUGUCAUGUAAACUGAUUUUGUUUCAGAAAUCUUACGUGUGCCAUGGAAAUUUUACAUAUUUUAAUGUUAUGUAGUUACAGUUUCUAUCAUACGCAGAACGUAUAUAUUUUUCUCAGUGUCACUGGGGUAGAGACAAAUAUAAGAUAUACACCGAAUGGUUAGAGGAUACGCCAUAUAAAAUUACACAGUUGGAUGAUUUAUGACUCACUAUUUAUUGUCCAAUAGUUUGUCACAAUAUAAAGGGACAUGGUGGUGUCAUAUAUGAUCCUCUCUAAGUAUCCGUGAUUAUUUUUCAGAAAUAUAAACAGCACUGAUUAUAAAAUAUGUAAAUGUGUAGUUAACACCCAGAGAUUUUUCUGUCGGUUCUACGGUCUGUAAAUGUUUCUUUGCAUAAUAAAAGAUACCAACGUGUAUUGAGA